AAAGCCGGAAAACAGUCAGCAAUCAGGCAUAUAUACAUUCUUUCAUCGUUUAUUGUUGUUCUAUUGAGGUUUUAUACGCUUUUCUGUUUAAUAUUUGCUUUGAUUUUAAGGCCGACGGAGCACAGAUAUAAGCAGUUGACAACAUUAAAAUAAUUCUUGAGCGAAGUCUGUAGUCGACGAUGAUCUCCAAUCCUUGACGAAUAGACUUCCUCUUUUAGGUCACAGUUAACUACUACAAUUUAUGGCUUGACCAUGACAAACGUAUCGGAUUGUCCCUUGCCACGGAUCAUACUCCUGCUAAGUGGGAAACGGAAAUGCGGUAAAGACUUUCUAGCGGAUGCGCUGCUGAAAAGGCUCGGCAUGGAAGAGGCACAGAUUAUACGCAUCUCGGAACCCAUCAAGCGACACUGGGCCGACUGGAAGGGGUUGCAUUUGGACGAGCUGCUCAGUGACGGUGCGUACAAGGAACGCUACCGGAAGGAGAUGAUCGAGUGGAGUGAUGCCCGUCGGCAGGAAGAUUACGGUGUGUUUUGCCGAGCGGCCUGCACCACAGUCGAUCGGCCUAUUUGCAUCGUGAGCGACAUACGGCGGAAGACGGAUGUGCGCUACUUCCGGGAAACGUACGGUCCGGAACGGAUACGUACGGUGCGGAUUGAGGCGAGCGAAGCGAUACGCGCGGAACGCGGCUGGCAAUUUCAAACGAGCGUCGAUGAUGUACAGUCGGAAUGCGAUCUGGAUGAUUACGGUCCGUGGGAUCUGUUGGUGAGGAAUGAGCAGGCCGACGAUGUGGAAGGAUUGUUGGAGCGAUUGACCAAGUUGGUAAGCAGCUGAGCGAGUAUUACUUAUAUAGUUAAUAAGGAAAUUUAAUUUAUAAAACAAAAUAUAUUCAUUUAUUCGGUCUGUCGUCAUCGGGAGAAGUUGAA